AUGGCGCCAAUCAAGACAGUCGAGUACUUUCGAGUCAAGCCGCGAUGGCUAAUGGUCAAGAUUACCGACGAGGACGGAGAGUAUGGCUGGGGUGAGGCGACACUAGAAGGACACGACCUCGCGGUCGAAGGGACACUGGAGGAGAUGAUUCCGAGAUUGAUCGGCAUGGAGGCAGGUGACAUUGAGAACAUUUGGCAAAAGUUCUGGAGGCAUGGCUUCUACCGUGGCGGGCCCGUCUUCAUGUCUGCUCUGUCGGGUGUUGAUAUUGCCCUGUGGGAUCUCAAGGGUCGCAAGCUCAAGGUUCCCAUAUACGAACUCCUCGGCGGUAAAGUACGCAACAAGGUCCAGGUCUACUGCUGGAUCGGCGGGGAUCGGCCAUCAGACGUCGAGGCGGCCGCCAAGGUGCGGGUGGCGCAGGGGCUCAAGUGCAUCAAGAUGAACGCGACCGAGGACGCCAACUGGGUGGACUCGCCAGCGGUGCUGGACUCGACGGUGGAGCGGCUGAAAGUGGUCAAGUCGCUCGGGCUGGACGCGGGGCUCGACUUCCACGGGCGGCUGCACAAGGCCAUGGCCAAGCAGCUGGCCAAGGCGCUGGAGCCGCACCGGCCGCUCUUCAUCGAGGAGCCGCUGCUGUGCGAGCACCCCGAGGCGCUCAAGCAGCUGUCCAAGCAGACGACGUGCCCCAUCGCCUUUGGCGAGCGCCUGUACACGCGCUGGGACGUCAAGCGGUUCCUCGAGGACGCCAGCGUCGACAUCCUGCAGCCGGACCUGGCCCACGCCGGCGGCAUAAGCGAGACGCGCCGGAUCGCCCAGAUGGCCGAGGCCUACGACGUCGCCAUCGCCCCGCACUGCCCGCUUGGUCCCGUGGCCUUUGCCGCCAGCAUGCAGAUCGCCCUGACGGCGCCCAACUUUGCCAUCCUGGAGAUGAGCCUGGGCAUGCACUACAACACCGAGGCCGGCGACAUCGACCUGCUGACGUACCUCAAGAGGCCAGAGGUGUUUGACAUCAAGGAGGGGUACGUGGCGGCGCCGACCGGGUACGGGUUGGGCAUUGAGAUUGACGAGGAGAUGGUGCGCAGAAUUGCCGUGGACACAAAGCCCUGGCAGUGCAAGGAGUUUCACGGACCGGACGGUUCGAUUCGGGAGUGGUAG